GUUCUCGUAUUUUUUGACGAGCAGCCAACGCGGACGGACGUUCUCCGGGAACUUGGGCCUCGAGUAGUUUUAGAAAUCUAAAGCUCAGCAGCUGCAAAUCAAAUCGAAAAGAGCACCCAGCAUAAUCACAAUACCAAUUGAUCUCGUUUGCCUUAAAAAGAACAGUGGUGGAAGCGUUACAUUCAUAUUUAUGCAACGCAAGUGCAAUUUCUGAAUCAAUUUGUGUGUGUUGUGUGCACAUAAUAUUUAAAGUCUGACAAUCAGUAUACAUAAGUCACAAUUAGCUCUGAUAUCUAAACCCCAAAUCGAACGAAAUUAAAAAGAGUUGUGGGGUACUAAAACAAAAACAAAAGUAGGAAGUGCAAAGAAUAAAUGGUUUAAGUGAAGCUAAACCUUAAACUUUUUAUGUAUGCACAUAGCCUAGGUCAAUAUUGUUUAUAGUGGCGUGUGAAUGUGCGCAGAGAUAACAACAACGAUUGCUAGUUGCCUCUCCCAGCAGAUAAUAAAUAGCAAUCGCACGCACACUCGCAAAGUGGACCACACACCCGUCGCCAGAACAUAUUCACGGAAAUCGAAAACAACAACACACAACUGCAGAGACGAGCGUCAGAGAGGAGCGCGAUUCUAAACUUGAAAAUAAUAAUUUUAUAAUAUCAAAGCGAGAAGGUUGUGAUUGUGAGCGAGUGGCACGGGCACGAGUGGCCGAAAAGAACCGAGCGAGCGCCCCCCGAAUGUUCACAUCAAGUAUACGUACGAGUACGAUCGCUUGCUCAGCGCUUUUCAGCAGCGCCAGUACUAACAAUAACAAAAACAAUAACAAUAACAAUAACAAUAACAUCAUAGCAAUAACGAAACGGAAAACAGAAAACAGAAACAGAAACAGAAACGUUCCUCUUCUAACGGUCUCAGUGUAUUUUGUAAUUGGUCAUCACCCAGUGAGAGAGUGGGAAUUGUCCCAGCGAUUGCGAUUACGGGUCUGGUCGCCGAACGCGGCGCAGUGAAAAAGUUUCGGCGGAAAACACUUGCCUCUGGUCGAUUCGCGUGCUUGGACGGACGACUUCCAUAGAACUUUCGAAAAUCAGCGAAACAGUCAACAAGUGUUCAACAAUCGCCACAGUUAUCAAAGCACACUUUGGAUUACUUUUCGCAGUCAAAGAGGACUCAAAAACUGAAUUUUUCGGAUUUUUCUGAUCAAUUUUAUGGUAUUCGCAGUUUUGGAUAAUGGUUCGAUUGAAGUUCGAGAGGGGUUUCCUAAGCAUUGGUGACUAAUUCUCGCAGACUCAGCCACAACCAACAUGGUUUACUAUUCCGCUAACCAGCUGCUCAUAAAAACGGAACAAACUAGUCAGGCGCAGUUCUGUCUCCAGGUGCCGCCCCCGCUGACGGCGACGACCGCGAGCGUGGGUCUCAGUCUCGGAGUGCCUCCGUCCGGCGGUCAGCAGGAGCAGUUCGAGCUGCUGCAGACGCCUCAGCAGCGGCAACUUCAGCUGCAGCUGCAGGACCAGCAUCACCAGCAUCACCAGGAGCAGCAGCAGUUCGUCAGCUACCAACUGGCGAUCCAGCAGCACCAGAAGCAGCAGCAACAUGAAAGUAUUACGACGACAACUCCGACGACUCCGGCAACUGGGGCUGCCCCAGCAGCGCAGCGCAUCAAGACAGAGCCGGCGGGCCUGUUCCCAGCGGCGGCAGCUGUGGCUCAGGUUCAGGUGCGCAAGCCGAGCGCCAACAAGCCGCAGUUCAAGUGCGAUCAGUGCGGCAUGACGUUCGGCAGCAAGUCGGCCCACACCUCGCACACCAAGUCGCACGCCAAGAACGCCGACCUCUCGCUGAGUGCCGGAGUGGACGCUGGAGCCGCUGGAGCCGCUGGAGCCACUGGGACCGCCUCUUCGACGGCCAUCGAGCUGAAUGAUGCGGGUCUUCCGGUGGGCAUACCCAAGAGCCCGACCAUCAAGCCCCUGGCCAACGUGGCUGCCGGAGCCGAUCCCUACCAGUGCAACGUGUGCCAGAAGACAUUCGCCGUUCCUGCCCGACUGAUCCGCCACUACCGUACCCACACCGGAGAACGGCCGUUCGAGUGCGAGUUCUGCCACAAACUGUUCAGCGUGAAGGAGAACCUGCAGGUGCACCGGCGCAUCCACACCAAGGAGCGGCCGUACAAGUGCGACGUCUGCGGACGGGCCUUCGAGCACUCCGGGAAGCUGCACCGCCACAUGCGCAUCCACACCGGCGAGCGGCCCCACAAGUGUUCGGUGUGCGAGAAGACGUUCAUCCAGUCCGGCCAACUGGUGAUCCACAUGCGCACGCACACCGGCGAGAAGCCGUACAAGUGCCCGGAGCCGGGCUGCGGCAAGGGCUUCACCUGCUCCAAGCAGCUCAAGGUGCACUCGCGAACGCACACGGGGGAGAAGCCCUACCACUGCGACAUCUGCUUCCGGGACUUUGGCUACAACCACGUGCUGAAGCUGCACCGCGUGCAGCACUACGGCUCCAAGUGCUACAAGUGCACCAUUUGCGACGAGACCUUCAAGAACAAGAAGGAGAUGGAGGCGCACAUCAAGGGGCAUGCCAACGAGCUGCCCGACGACGAGGCAGAGGCGGAGGCGGAGGCAGCGGCGGCCCUGGCAUCCGCCGGCUCCUCCGCCGGCUCGCCGUCCUUGCAGGGAGUCGGCAGCACCUCCGAGAGCAGCAACCACUCGCCACCUAGCUCGCCGCCGGUCACAAAGAAGCCCCGCCAGGCACGUCCGCCGCGCGGACCCAAGGCCGGGCCAGCAGCCCUUUCCCUUGCCUCCUCCUCCUCCUCGCCACUCUCGCCCAGUUCGCUCAGCUCCACGUACUCGCCCUCGGCCACCAGCCUGGCCUCGCCUCCGCCCACAACAGCCCACUACCUGCCCGCCCAGAUGGAGACGGAUGCCUUGAGCCGCGACAGUGGGGUGUCCAGCGCCCAGGCCGCCCACAGCUAUGCGGACGAGGAGCUGCCCACCGACCUGAGCAUGCAACAGGGCCAGGGCACGGCGCCAGGGCAGACUGCUGGAUACUACCAGGCCCCGCCAAGUCUGCUGGAGCUGCAGCCCCAGGCACCCGGGACCUCGAUCAAUCCCGCCCUGCUUGAGGCAGCCAACAUGGCGCGUCGCCAUCACGACAACGACGACCAAGUGCAGGACGAGGACGUUCACGCAGCCGCCUGGCAGAUGAUGCAGCUGCGCCGUGGCCACGGCUCCUUACCUCCCACGGAGCCGCAGACGCAGUCGCAGUCGCAGACGCAGUCGCAGACCCACCAGCAACAGGUGCCCACCCUGCAUGUCAGUGAUCUCGCGGCCAAUUACGAUGACACCCACGAGGCCACCGUACUGAUCGAGCACUUCAAGCGGGGCGAUCUCGCUCGCCACGGGCUCCACAAGGGCUAUGCGCCAGUCCCCAAAUAUGAAUCCGCUCUACCCAAUCCGGAUAUCGUGCGACGCGUGGAGGCGGCAAUCGGACUGCGGUCCAGCACGGAGUCCCCUGAGCGGAGCUCCUCGCCGGAGAGCGACUCCCUGAUGAUGGCCGACCGCAACGUGAUGACCCUGCCGCUGCGCAAGCGCAAACACUACAUGAACAAGGGCGAGGACGGCGAGUCGGAGAAGGCCCUGGGGGCUGGCGGAGAUGGGCCUGCCUCCGGCAGUGGCAGUGCCAGCGCUUCCGGUGGCGUCGGGGAAGGACCCGGGUCGAAGGUGAUGAGAAUGAGCUCGGUCAUUCAGUUCGCCAAGGCCUCUUAGGGGUGCGAGGGGUCUCCCCAAUCAGCAUUAAGACUGUCCAAACAAAUUCUAACUGAAAUUAGUUUAAGUUUUUUCUCUGAAGUUCGGGGUUAGGCCCAGAAGAACGAGGAGGGACAAAGCAGAGCGAUCGUUUUCGAGCAGAGAAAAUGAGAAUGCCAAAAGUAUUAUAAAAAGAGAAAGUUUGUUUUAAAAUUACUAUUACUUCCUAUUACGUUUUAUUGGAACUCAAGAUGUCUUGGUCCGAUUUUUGUUAAAUGUUUGAUUUUAAAAAGGGUUUCCAAUAUUGUAGAAUUUUCAUUUCAUUUUGGCAAAUAUAGUUUGUUUUCCUGUGUUGUCACUUAGUCAAAUUGCAACAAUUGGCAUUAUGCGUAUUAAGCAUUAGCAUAACUAAAAUAACUAUGUCUAAGAUCAUUUAACCAGACCCAACCCUAAAGCGUAUGCAGUAAUAAGAUACGUGCAUGAUUAUACAAAUAAUAAAAACGGUAUGCAAAGGCCACAUUGGCACUUAAUAUUUAUGAAUACCCAUACAACUAUUUAUUAUUGUAAUGAACUCUGCUCGCCAAACUUCUUCCUUCUCCUCCACCAUUAGUGUCAACACCAUCUUAGACAUUUUAUAUCCAUCAUUUUAUAUGCAUUUUAUAUUUUAUAUAUAACGGCACAUAGUCUUUACAUAGGAAAGUAAUGAAAAGCGGAUUGGUAGUUUUAAUUUUACAAACGGAGAACAUUGAACUGAUUAAAAUGAAGAAAGCCAGCAUAAUUAGGUUUAUGUAUUUUCAAACAAGAAGAUAGCAAAUAACAUUAAGUGCGCCAGAAAAUAAUUUUUAUAAACGCAGGGUUAAUAUCUAGGUCUAAAUUGUAAAAUCAAAUAUUGCAAGAAACAUCGCAAAUGAAAUCAGAAAUUCAAUAAACAAUAAUAAUAAAAAUA